UCUUUUUAUUAUUCACAAACUUUGGUAUAGACCAUCUUAUCUUAUUUGUGUGUUUAUGUUGUCAGGAUGGUAAGAGACCACACCAACUGACUGAUGGUAAAUUGAGAAGACGACUGAGGAAAGCAAUAGAUGAACAGAAGUAUGCUGUUCUGUAUGCUAAGGGCACAGUGAGAUCAGAAAUCAUGAAAUUGUGUUUCAUUGGUAAAGAAGGAGCAGGAAAGACGACACUCAUGGAGGCUCUCAAACGAGGAUUGUUGAAGUGGAUUUUUGCAAACGAGAAUCAAGCAGAUGACCCAAAAUGUGAAGAGGAACGCACAAUUGGUCAAGGGCAGUUCCACAAAACACACGGCCUUUUCUUUUCCUCCAACUCGUUCUUCAUCCUGCUAGUGAGUCUAGUGAGAGGAGAGGAGAGACGACUGUGCAGUGUUGAGGAGUUGCUAGAAGAGCUUCAGUAUUGGCUCUCAUUUCUCAGAGCCAGUUUGGAUGCAGAGUUUAUACCCACAGUGUUGAUAGCUGCCAGUCACAUAGAUUACUGUCCAGGGCGUCAGGAAGUCUUCCAGCGUGUGGUCGACCGCAUGCGUGAACUGUUCAAAGGCAAGAUCAACAUCAUUGAAGAUUGUUUUGUUCUCGACUGCAGGAGGAGCAGGUCACCUGAAAUGAAACAACUAAAGAAAGUUCUCUGUGAUGUGAAGCAGCAGUUGCAGCAGUCUGCUCCUCUGUAUCCUCGUCUUUGUCAGCCAGUCGUGUCCAAGUUGCUUCCUUCUCUUCGUAAGAAACAAGAAGAUCCGUUCAUGGAGAAGGCAACACUCAUGGAGAUGAUUGAGCAGGAAGCAUGUCCAGGACAAGAGAAGAAGGUUGUAGAGAAGGUAGUUGAUUUUUUAGAUGAUUCAGGAGAGAUUGCUGUUGCCGGUGAUGUGGCAGCUCUCAAUCCUGCAUCUCUACAUCAUUAUGCCAUCGGUCCUCUCAUUGCUUCUGAGGAUUUCAAGUGGCACGUCAAGUCUGAAAGGAAGGAUGGAACAGUAACAAGAGAAGAAGUAGAAAAGUCAAUCAGUGAUUUCCAAAAAGAUUAGAAAAUUCACAUUCAACUCAAUACAGAUACAAUCCUUACAAUGAGUAAAUCUCUUGGUAUCUGCUUCAAAGUGGAAGGCAGAGACGACACGUACAUGUUUCCAGCUCUGUUACCUCCUAAGGAUCUGUCUGUCAUGUGGAAGAGAGACGAGAGUAAGAAAGUGUAUGUCGGUCGACGUCAAGUGUGCAGCAGUCAGACGACCAUCUUCAGUCCGUCUGCAUUUGGCAUGUUUCAAUCUAAAGUUUGCACUACAUUAGAUGAGAAAGCACAACUGUGGAGGAAUGGACUGAUCCUAUCACAAGGUGAUACAGUUUCUAAUCGUGUUGCAUGUUUGGUUGCCAUGGUAGAUCCUGUUCGUUCUGUCGACUUUGUAUGUCAUGGAGGUAAGGCAACAGAAGCAGAAUGUGUUUCCCUGCUCGACACUGUCAUGUCUCUUUGGAGAGAUAUGUUAGACAGAUACAGUCAAGGCACUGAAUAUGAGACUGAAUAUCUGAGCAGAAAGCAUUUAGAGGAACACAAAGAACUGAAACAAGUUGCUGUUUACUCAGAGGAGGAAAUCAAGGAAGCAAAGGCAAAGAACAAAGGGCCACCUACAGUAGUAACACGAGUAGUCGGUGAUGAGCUAGUGGAAGAUAGUCUUGCUGACCUGCUGGUUAUUCUCCCUUCCAAACAAGCAACUCCACUUUCUCCCAGUCCAGUCAUGAAGGCUGUUAUUGAGUAUGGUGUAGAUCAAUGGCACUCAUUUGGAGAAAGAUUAGGUUUUAAUUUCUCUCAGAUUAGUGCCAUGUCUCAUGACAAAGUGUCUCCUGCUGAUAAAUUAUCAGCAAUUAUUCAAGUGAAGACUGAGGAAGUUGGUGAUAUGAAGAAGAUGGAUGAUCUGCUACUGAAGGCAUGUACACUGUUGCCGGAUCCCAUUCAUGCAGCAGUCAAGAGAAACUUGUCAUCUUCCUAAUAUGAUUGUAGCUCAUAAGUGUGACCGUUAUAUAAACAUUAUAGUCCCAUAAAUUGGCAUAAUGUCUGUGUUGGUGUGGAAAGUGUGAAGUGUGUGUAUCUGCUAGCAAUCAUAGUGACACUUGGUGUAAAAAGAAUUUCAUGUCAUCAUCAGACAUCAUGCUAAUACAUGUAUUUUUGUAUUUACAGUA